AUGUCAUUUUCCAAUUUGGUCUCUGACAUCGCAUUCAGAGAUGCUCAUCCUGAUGACCGGAGCUCUCAGAUUUCCCAUGCUCGGUCUCAAGCUACUGCUCGAUCAUAUACAAGCACCACUGCCACCAGUGUCAGUAUAUCGGGUGAUAUCUCCAGUCAAUUGCAUGCUGGCUACAGUCAUCCAUUAAGUAGAUCAUGGCAGGCUGAGAGGCAAUUGACAAAGGAAAUGCUCAUCUACCCGCUAUUUAUUACGGACAACCCGGACGAAGAGGUGCCGAUUCCGUCUUUACCUAAUCAACAUCGACGAGGUUUGAAUCGCCUAGUUCCUUUUCUGAAACCGCUUGUUCAAAAAGGCCUGCGCUCGGUGAUUUUAUUUGGAGUUCCCCUGCAUCCAUCUGCCAAGGAUGCACUGGGGACAGCUGCAGACGACCCUACCGGUCCGGUAAUUCAAGCAAUCCGCCUCCUUCGAUCUCGCUUUCCUCAUCUUUACAUUGUGACGGAUGUCUGUCUCUGCGAAUACACGUCACACGGCCACUGUGGGAUACUUAAAGAAGACGGCACCCUUGACAAUGCACAGUCGGUAGAUCGGAUUUCGGAUGUGGCAUUAGCAUAUGCAACAGCCGGUGCGCAUUGUGUGGCCCCAUCUGAUAUGAACGAUGGAAGAGUGCGCGCCAUUAAAUUGAAGCUGAUUGAGGCUGGCAUGGCACACCGUGUCCUGCUCAUGUCAUACAGCGCGAAAUUCAGCGGUUGCUUAUACGGCCCUUUUCGUGAUGCAGCAGGCUCUUGCCCAUCAUUUGGAGACCGUAGAUGCUAUCAACUCCCACCAGGGGGUAGAGGGCUUGCGCGGCGUGCGAUAAAGCGCGAUGUUGGCGAGGGCGCUGAUAUCAUAAUGGUCAAACCUGCAAGCAGUUACUUAGACAUCAUUAGGGAUGCGAAAGAACUUGCCGAGGAUUUACCUGUUGCUGCUUACCAGGUUAGCGGUGAAUAUGCAAUGAUUCAUGCGGGCGCCGCAGCAGGAGUUUUUGACUUGAAGUCAAUGGCUUUUGAGAGCACUGAGGGCAUCCUGAGGGCUGGCGCUGGUAUUGUAGUCAGUUAUUUCGUGCCAGAGUUCCUGGAUUGGCUUUCUUGA